AUGUGGGUAGCUUUCGAAUGUUUUUGCAAUGAGAAAGCAGCCGAACAUCUGGGCAUAUCAAAAGGACCCUUAAGUAACAACAAGGACACGAGCUGGUGGAGCGAAGACGUAAAAUUAAAAAUCGAGCAGAAAAAAGUUCUCUUUAAGCUGUGGCAACAAACAAACGACGAUAGGGAUAAGAAUGCGUACAAAGAGGCGAAAAAGGAAGCGAAGCGCGCCGUAGCGCAGGCAAAAGCAAGUCGCGAUCACGAUAUCUACGCGAAACUAGAAGCGGCUACCAACGACAGGGAACUUUUCAAGAUAGCUAGACUCAGAAACAACGACAGCAAGGAUCUGAAAACCGUUAAGUACAUUAAGAAUGAAAGCGGCCAGCUACUCACCUCAGAUAAAGACAUCCAACAAAGAUGGAAGGAAUACUACUCUCAACUUCUAAAUGAAACGUAUCCCCGCAAACAGCCUAUUCAACCAACGGCAGAAACAGUAGGACCGAUUCCGUGCAUAACAACAGCCGAAGUACAAGCAGCUGUUAAGGCAAUGGCAAACAAGUCUAGGGCUUGCAAAUAUUCGAAACUUUCAGGAAAGUCGACCACUGACGCCAUCCAUACCAUAAGAAUCUUAAUGGAAAAGUACCGGGACAGAAGGACUGAUCUACAUAUGGUGUUCAUCGACCUAGAGAAAGCCUUCGACCGAGUUCCAAGAGACUUAAUUUGGCAGGCAUUACGAGCACAUAACGUACCAGAAUAUUACAUCAGCGUUGUCAAAGACAUGUACAAGGACGUGACAACAAGAGUACGUUGCCCAGCCGGUGUAAGUGAUGAAUUCGAAGUUAAGGUCGGUGUUCACCAGGGCUCAGCGCUGAGCCCCUUGCUCUUUAAUCUAGUAAUGAACCAUCUAACCGCGAAGUUGCAACGGCCGCCCCCCUGGGAUCUGCUUUACGCUGACGAUAUAGCACUCGUCAGCGAAAAUGCGGAAGACCUACAGCAAAUACUGGAGCAAUGGAGAGUCGCGCUAGAGGAAGCCGGAUUGCGAAUCAGCAAACAAAAGACCGAAUACGUACACUGCAAUUUCAGCGGCAAAAGCAACAGUAACACUGUUAGUCUCGAAGGCACACCCCUGAACAGGGUCGACUGUUUCAAAUAUCUAGGCUCAGUCAUCACCACCGACGCAACUGUUGACACAGACAUAACCCAACGAAUUAACACGGGAUGGGUGAAAUGGAAAGAGCUAACAGGGGUAUUGUGCGACAAGAGAAUGCCUGUACACAUUAAAGGCAAAGUUGUAUGUGUGUGA